GACCUUCAUCUUUUUUUUUUUUCUCCAAUACCUUGAACCAAUCCAUACAAAAUUGCAAUGGCCGAGGAAGAGAAGCCUGCUGUUGCUCCCGAUGCUACCAAGGCUCCUUCAACAGUUGAGGCUGAUUUGACCAAGUACAAGACGGCAGCGGAUAUCGUUCACCAAGUGAUGAAGAAGCUCAUAGAGCUUUCUGUCGAAGGAGCCAGAAUCAUCGAUCUUUGUAUCGAGGGAGACAAGCUCAUUGAGCAAGGCACCGGAGCCGUGUACAACAAGGCGGUCAAGGGUAUCAAGGUUUCCAAGGGCCUUGCCUUCCCGACCUGCAUCUCAGUCAACAAUUGUGUUGCUCAUUUUUCACCCCUGGCCUCGGAUCCUCAAUCUGAGCAGGUCCUAGCCAAGGACGACGUAGUGAAGAUUCAUGUUGGAGCGCAUAUUGACGGAUUCGCAUCCAUCUCUGCUGAGACAAUCGUUAUUGGUGCAUCACCCAAAAACCCUGUUACUGGACGCCGGGCAGACGUGAUCAAAGCUGCGUGGCAUGCGGCAGAAAUUGCUAUGCGAACCGUUAAAGUUGGUAACAAAAACUGGGCAGUUACGGAAGCCGUCGCCAGUGCCGCCGCGACGUGGGAUUGCAAGCCUGUUGAAGGUAUGCUAUCCUGUGAACAGAAACAAAAUCUCAUUGACGGCAAGAAACGUAUCAUCCUCAACCCCAGUGAAGUUCAGAAGCGAGAUUUUGAGGCCGUCACGUUCGCCGAGGGCGAGGUGUAUGGUAUUGACAUUCUCAUAUCCUCCGGUGAAGAUGGAAAGGCAAGGAUUGAAGAGUCCCGAACGACAAUCUUCCAACGUGAUUCUGCAAUCACGUAUCAACUCAAAAUGAAGACGUCUCGUGCCGUCUUCUCAGAAGUACAGAAGAAGGCUGGUGCUUUCCCAUUCAACGUACGUGUCCUGGAGGACGAGAAACGCGCCCGGAUGGGUUUGCAGGAGGCCGUACAACACAGUUUGGUCAAGCCAUACGAAGUGAUCUACACUCCCUCGAAUACCUUCGUCGCUGCUUUUCACUUCACGAUUGCACUCCUGCCUGCUGGUCCUUCGCUUAUCACUCAUCCACCCAUCUGGUACAAGCCCGAGCUCAUCAAAACAGAGAAAGAACUCGAAAACGAAGAACUAAAAGCCCUUCUUGCACGGAACUUGCGGGAGAACAAGAAGAACAAGAAGAAAAAGGUUAAAGCUGAGGAAGAGGCCGCAUCGAAGGAGGAGUAAUUUUGUGCUGUAGUAGUAUCCUCUUGCACCAUCAUCUUGACAGUUGUAGCACAAUGUAGUACAUCCCACCACCUGUCCAUCUGAAUAUCGCAUAUUCAAGGAUGUCGGCUUGAUUGUACAAGUCGUUUUUCUGCGUCUUCUCCAAA